AUGCAGAUUGGGAAAUAUUUCACAUUGAACGAUACAAAUUUCUAUGGGAUAUUUGUAUUACAAAAACAGAUAUAUGAUGUAACUAUUUCGUCACAAUAUUAUCAUUAUCUUCAUCAGUUGAAAUUAAAUAUAUUAUGUGUGAAAAUUAUUUUAAGUAUUUUAUUUGGCAUAGUAUGUUUGAAUAUGUUAAAUGGUACAUUGAAUUGUUCCCAAUCUAAUCAUCAUUAUGAUAGACAGUAUCAUAAUCAAUUCAUUUAUAAUUCGAAUAGAUUAAAAGAGUUUAAAAAAUGGGAUUCUAUUGUAAUGAUUACAAUAACAAUAUAUAAUGAAAUAUUAGAUUCUAUUGAAAAGAUCAUUAAUUCUAUGAGAAUUUAUGAUCCAUUUAUUAUUCCAACAUGUUAUGGUUCAUUAUUUCAAGAAUUAGUUAACUUAUCUCAUGUUAUUGAACGUAAAGGUGAGAUAUAA